AACAAGAAAAUAGGACUGUAAUGUUUCUUAUUUUGUUUUGAGUAGAUUAAUGACAAUAUCUUUUUCUUUUCUAUUGUAUUUUAUUAUAUCACGUUUGCAUUGUAAAUAAUAAUUUAUGAACUAAUCAUUACCAUGCUAAGUACAUAUGGGAUAGUGACUAGAUUCUAUGUCCUAUUUUUUCUUUAUCCAUAUAAUUUAAGUGUGGACUGUGCUGUAAGUGAAGAAGAAAAUUACUACAAUGGAUUUUCCUUAUUGUACAAUAAGGGAAAUCACGAAUCAUUUAAUACGGUACUGGUGAAAGAUAUGUAUUCAUAUCCAAAGGAAUGCUACGACAUCUUACAAUCAUUUUCACAGAGUGCAUCUAAUUUGACAAUGUGUUCAAUUUUAAAUGCUAGGCCAGUAAGAUUAUGUGAAAAAUGUGUUGAUCAUUAUGUUUGUUUUCGUAACAAAUAUCAAGAGCUUCUUAAAACUGUUGUUAAUGGAACAUCAUGCAGAUCUGUGUUUAUGUCACAUGAUAGAUUGAAUGUGGUGUUGCAAUAUCAUGACAGUAUAUCAGCAGUUUGGGAAAAAGGAAAUUGCAACAAUUGCUUCAACUGGACUGAUAAUAAACCAGUGAUAAAGAAUGAUAUAAAUCAUUUCAUUACAUUGUUUAAUGACACAAUGAACUGUUUUUCCAACAAUUAUGACCCAGAAAAUAACAAUACAGUGUGUGAAAAAUGUAUGCAAUUCUAUCUUCAGUUAGAUUCAUUCUAUGCGACUUUAAGCACUGAUUCCAUUGGAGUGGAUUCUGUUUGUAUGGAUAUUGUUGAUUCGAUGAAUGCUACAAGAAGUAUUUGGAGUAAAACUUUCAAUUGCUGCAAGUUAAGAAUAACACCUGAAAUUAUAUUUCUGUGCAGCGCUGGACUGAUAUCAUUAUUGCCUUUAAUAUUUUAUGUAUCUGUAAGAUAUUGUGGGCCAAUAAGAGAUUUGCCUAAAGUUUUAAAACAAUCAAGAAUCAAACAAACUAUAUUAAGAUCAGUAAAUUCCAGACAAGAUUAAACAAUGUAAUAUUUAAUUUAUGCCAAAGAGAUAUUUACAAAAGCUUAUUAUGAGAAAUUUGAAAAUCUUAGAGAAAUAAAGCUACUUAUAAAAUUGUAUUCUUAUUGUUUAUUUCAUUUGGCAUCAGCACUCAUUGUACUACCAAUAAAGUUAGGCACUGUUAAGUAAAACACACUUCGACCAUUGCUGAUAUUGGAUGUCAACAUGGUUAUAUAUUUUACCAUAAAUAUGUAUAACUGCACUACUUCUGUAUAAGUACUAUAUUGGUAUUUGUUAAAAUUGCAUUUUGCAAGCCUACAUAUAAUGUAAUAACUACAAUUU